AUGGGCCUCAAGACAUUUACUCGUGAAGAAGUCAAGCGUCAUGCCACUGAAGAAGAUUUGUGGAUCAUCAUUGAUUCAAGUGUAUACGACAUGAGCCGCUUCAUUGAUUUGCAUCCAGGUGGUGCUUUCCCCAUCUUGGAACUCGCUGGUAAGGAUGCCACGGAUGCCUUCUACGGCCUUCAUCGUCAAGAAGUGCUCAUCAAGUACGAUCGCUACAAGAUUGGUACAAUUGCUGAUGAGAAGCCUCAAAUCGACUUUUAUGAACACGGCUCUUUCUCCAAGGUGCCUUAUGCUGAAUCCAGUGCCUGGAUGGGCUUCAAGUCACCCUACUUUACUGAAUCUCACUUCAAGCUCCGUGCUGCUGUCCGUAAGAUUUGUGAUUCCUUGGCUGUCGAGGCUCGUGAGUUUGAAGACGCUGGAACCAAGCCUUCUGAUGAAUUCAUGAAGAAGAUGGGUGAGAACCACCUUUUGGCCAUGAACAUUGGCCCUGGCCCUCAUUUGCAUGGUAUGAUCCUUCCAGGUGGUGUCAAGGGUGAAGAGUUUGAUUAUUUCCAUGAGAUGAUUGUUCACGAGGAACUUGGUCGCUGGAAGGUCCGUGGUUUUGAUGAUGGUGUCAUUGGUGGUAUGGUCAUCUCUGCUCCUACCGUCCUCAACUUUGGUUCUCCUGCUCUCAAGCAGAAGAUUGUUCCUGAGGUUUUUGCUGGUAGAAAGCGUAUCUGUCUCGCCAUUAGUGAGCCUUAUGCUGGUUCCGAUGUUGCUCGUAUCAGAACUACUGCUAAGCGUACUGCUGAUGGUAAGCACUUCAUUGUCAAUGGUGUCAAGAAGUGGAUCACCGGUGGUUGUUGGGCCGAUUACUUUUCCGUUGCUGUUCAAACUGAGAAGGGUAUCUCUAUGCUUCUCAUUGAGCGUGGUGAAGGUGUUGAGACCAAGCUCAUCAAGACCUCUUAUUCUCCCAGUGCUGGUACUGCUUAUGUCACAUUUGAGAAUGUGUUGGUCCCUGUCGAGAACUUGUUGGGUAAGGAGAACAAGGGUUUCUUGGUCGUCCUCUCCAACUUUAACCACGAGAGAUGGGUUAUGCUUACUGGUAGUUCUAUCGCUUGUCGUCUCGUUAUUGAAGAGUGCUUCAAGUGGGCUAACCAAAGACAAGUCUUUGGUAAGCGUCUUAUCGAUCAACCUGUCAUCCGUAACAAGUUGGCCAAGAUGAUCUCCAGUCUCGAGAGUGUCCAUGCUUGGAUCGAAAACUUAACUUUCCAAAUGAACAACAUGAGCUACAAUGAGCAAUCUGACAAAUUGGCUGGCCCCAUCGCUUUGUGCAAAUACCAUGUUACUCGUGUCAUGCACGAUGUUGCUGACGAAGCCUGUCAAAUCUUUGGUGGCCGUGCCAUCACCAAGACUGGUAUGGGCAGAACUGUUGAAACUUUGCAAAGAACAUACAAGUUCUCUGCCAUCUUGGGUGGUUCUGAAGAAAUCAUGGCUGAUCUUGGUGUGAGACAAGCCAUGAAGAAGUUCCCUGAUGGUGCCAGACUCUAA